AUGUCGGUGCUCUUCUCGUCCAGGAUAGCUGCGCUUGUGGCGCGCGCGCAGCCCACGACGCUGUACUCAUACCGGCCCGGCCGCAUGCUGCGGUUCGGGCCCUGGGGGCUGUGUGCUGUGUUCUCGGCGUACGGCGCCUCGUUCGCGCUGUCGUCCAGCGAGGCGACGCGCGUGCUCUACGCAGAGGAGGAGGAGCGCGAGCGCGCGGCCGCAGGGCCGUGGUACAUGGCGCCGACGCUGCUGCUGUUCGGGCGUGGUUCGCUUUCGAUCGUGCUCUCGGCGCUGCCGUUCGCGGUCGCUGCAGGCGCGCUGUACGUGCCCACGCGGGUCGUGCUCCGGCUGGAGUAUUUGCCGGGCAAGGUGCCGCAGUGCCGCGUGACGCGCUGGGGGCUGUUCGGGCGCGGACGCACGGACGUCGUUCCACUGCAGCAGCUGCGGCUGCGCACGCGCCGGCCCGUGUACACGGGCGUCGGCCGCCAGGGCGUUGAGGAUACGGCGACGAGCUCGUUCGCGCUCUCGAACAGCGGCGCCGGCGCGCUGCGUCGGCACUACCUGUGCAACCGCAACGGCGACUUCUGGGGUGGCGACGGCCGCGUCAUAGACGCGCUGUUCGGCGGCGUGGCGCCCCGCGAGCUGGACGGCGCCGAGGCGCCAGCCGCGGGCAGCGCUUCCUCCGGCGAGCUGCAGGAGCUGCUGGGCCGCGCGGACCAGCGCGCCAAGGUCGGCAGCCGUGCGGCCAAGAACAUUGUACGUCAGAAGUAG